UUCCCCAAAUAAUAGAUGGAGUUUUCAGAAACCCUCUGGACUGAGCGGAAAGGUUGUACACCCAAACCUUUCUGGUUUGAAGUCGUGUUGGUGCCCAGAAUGAAAAUGGCAUUUAUUUUCCUUCUAACGUUCUUGUGCUUCAUUGCUCCUGUCCAUCAAGCACCACUUCAGAAUGCCACCAUUUCAGACCUCGCCUACAAAAACAUGGACUUUGCCAUGAAUCUCUAUAGAAAAAUAUCCAGUUAUCAUGACAAGAACAUCUUCUUCUCACCUCUGAGCAUCUCCACUAGUUUCGCCGCACUCUUAAUGGCCUCUGACGGCAUCACACGUAAGGAGAUCCUGGAGGGGCUCAACCUGGAACAGCUGGAGACGGCAGACCAGCCAGAGCUUAUCCCCAAACUUUUCCAACUCCUUAAUGAGAACAUGGCACAAAAUGGAUCUCUGAGGGUGGACCAAAAUAUGGCCCUCUUUAUCCGUCAGCAAUUCGAGGUAAUGAAGACAUUUGAGGACAACAUGAAGACGUUUUUUAAUGCCGACGUCAAAAGUGUCAACUUUUCGGAUACAAGCGGAAGCAUCAGUUACAUCAAUGAAUACAUCGAGCAAAAGACUCAAAACAAAAUCACAGAAAUGAUCUCUUCCUUAGAUGAACUUACCCAGCUCCUCCUAAUCAACACUAUAUUCUUCCAGGGAGCUUGGAUUAAUCCUUUUAAUUCCAACUUGACCAGAGAAGCGCCCUUUCACAUUGACAACUACAAUAUUGUGCAAGUCCCUAUGAUGUUUAAGGAGGACAAGUUCUACACAAUGGAAGAUAUUCCUCUUGGAGCCCGAGUGCUUAAGCUGCCUUAUCAGGAAGGUGUUUCCAUGCUUAUCCUGCUCCCUGACAAAGGCAGGGACUACACUGUAAUAGAUGAGGAGAUCACUGCUAAGAGGUUUCUCAGCUGGACCAAACGUCUGACAAAAAUGAAACUGGAAGUCAACAUGCCAAAAUUCAAGAUGGACCGGUCAUAUUCCUUGCACAAUAUCCUGCCAAAUAUGGGCAUGGUCAGUCUAUUUAGCAAUUCAGCCAAUCUGACAAGGCUCAGUCAGGGUAAAACCCCCAUGGUGUCAGAGGUGCUGCACAAAGCUGUGAUCGAAGUGGAUGAGACUGGAACGACUGCUGCAGCUGCCACCACAACUGGCAUCAUCCCAUAUUCCCUGCCGAGGAUGUUCACUGUCAACAGACCCUUCUUCUUCUUCAUAUACCACGAAGAGACUCUCUCUCUGCUGUUCAUGGGCCGGGUGAUUGACCCCACCAAAAACUAGUCAUCACCACUGUUACUUUUUGAGCUUUGAAGUAGCUUGCAUGUGAAAUGGGGUUUACUCUGGGUUCUUUUAAACUGUAGAUUUUUUUAAAAUCAUAUAUUAGUUUGAAAAGCUUGUUUUAAUCUGCUCUGUGAAAGCUCCAUGUAAGAGAUCAAUAAAAAAAAUGUACAUACA